GUGUGAAGUGCUCCUCACGCAGGAUCCGCUGCUAGAGCGCGAUCCUGGCUGAGACGUCGUGGCCGUCUCUCCGCCGUCGCCAGGUCGCCACCACCGUCGCCGCCGCCGCCGCCGCCGCUGCUGCCGCCGCCGUCGCCGCUGCCGUGGCCGCGGUCGUUUCGUGAUCCGGUGGCGAUCCACUGCCAGUGCUUUGCUCACCGCGCUCGGUGCGGUCGAUCAGAAUCGCGACCUAGACGCGGCGGAGAUUCGCACACGCAUCUAGUACGCCGAUGCACCGAUAGACGACGACGUCGAUAAAGCCUCCGUUUCUUCGACUGCCGAUCCGCUCUCCUCGAGGAAGCAGGUGUCGCACAAAAGGUCCACGCUGCUUCAAUGAUGAAACUACUUGCGGGUGUAGAGGAGGUUAGCGACCACUGUGAAAAAGAGUCCAAUAAUGGCCAAGUGCAUAACAAUAAUAGUCAUGAAAAGCAAUCUCCAACGGAAUUGGCGCAAGAAGCAAGCAAGCCGCUCGUCAACAAGCAGGCAUGCGACGACUUUACGGCCGAGAGGAAAGUUACGCCGGAGGAGGAAGGCAAGUUGCGACGAUUGCUCCCGUUCGAGGAGGCGCCCGAGCAUCUUCGGCACAACCCUUAUAUACGGAGUGGCUACCGCGGCUACUUGACCACCAAGCUGUGCCUCGAGAGCAUAUUUUGGUGGACAAACGAGACCGUGAACAUAUGGAGCCACAUCUUCGGCUGGAUGCUCUUCUUCGGUCUGACCCUGUACGACCUUUGCCUGCUGAACAUUCACGCGCCCUUCAGCGACAAGCUGAUCGUGUCUCUGUUACUUCUUUGUUUUCAGGUAUGCAUGAUCCUCUCUUCAGUGUACCACACAUUCUCGUGCCGAAGCGAGAAGGAUUAUUGGUGCUUCCUGUCCUUCGACCUGUUCGGCAUCGCCUUGAGUAUGCUGUCGAUCUACAUGUCGGGUGUUUACUACGCCUUCUGGUGUCACAAGGAGCUGCAGCGAUUCUACCUGGUGACCGUGCUCGCGAUCUUCAUAUUCGCGAUGGUGCUGCAAAUCCCCAAACUAAACGUCGACGGCAACAUCAAGCUGGCCGUGUUCGUCAGCUGGGCGGUAUAUGGAGUGUUGCCGACGCUGCAUUGGACUGUAGCGAUGGGUGGCUUAGAAAAUCCAAUCGUUAGGAUGCUCAUUCCAAGAGUGAUAGGAAUGUACAUUAUCAACGCGACAGCGUUUACGUUUUACCUGCUCAAGAUACCCGAACGUUUUUGCCCAGGCUGGGUGGACUACAUUGGUUCGUCGCACCAGUGGUGGCACGCGCUGGUCGUGCUGGCCCUUUAUUAUUGGCACAACACUGGAAUGCUUUAUGUGGAGUACAGAAUGAAUCAUGGAUGUCCGAGCAGUACGACAUUGUGACAUACGGAUUCCGACGACCAACCAGAGUCUAUCCUGGCGAUGCAGUGCUCCUGCGUGCCAAAGGCGGAUGCAUGGUCGUCGUGGGUGAAAGAACUGCCGUUUUACGGUAUCCUGAAGAACGCGUCUUGCGAAAUAAAAAAUCCACUGCGAGUUUAUGCGCACCGGUAGUCUUGACAUGUUUGCCUUUAGGAAACAUAUGUUGCAAUCUUGGGGUGGGAUGAUAAUCGCUGGGUAAACGCGCAAUUCGCGAUAUCUCACGCGCUCUGCUCUAUUUAUAUUUAUUCGGCAUCAUUAUUUAUGCAUUCGUUUCGAAGGGAAGACACUGGUUCCAUUCUAAACCGCCCUGUUUCCUUCGUAGUCUCUAAUAUUAGCAAAAUUGAACAGCAAAGUCCAAUACGACGAGCCGCUCUACAACCGAGCCGCUUAAAUAAAAAUUAAUUCUUCAUUCCAGAAAUAAAUUCAUUGAAUUUAAUUAUAGAUUACUGAGGAUUGAGACCGAAGAAAAAUGGUAUAAUGUAUAAAUUGAGGUCUUUCAGAUUAAAUUUGUGCAGAUAUAUUUGAUAUCAAUCAAAUUUGAUAUCAAACAAGCUUCAAGGUAUAUACAAUCAAAACGCAAUGUUUCUCACCUUUUUUGCUUGCUCCUGCUGGGUUUAACGCGAGCCUAAGGGCCAGAGCACAGACUUCUGCAUAACGCAUAAUACACAACGCACAAGAGAAUCAAACCAAUCAGAGUUCUUCAUUUCUGUCCUGAGGAGGGAAAUGAAGAAAACGAAUUGGUUUAUUCUCUUAUGCGUUGUGUAUUAUGUGUUAUGCAAAAGCCUGUGCUGUUGCCCUUAAUCUUUGAAUUCCAUUUUUAUUUUAUAUUUCUGUUAUGUUCCACGCGCGGUAACUAGUGCCUUUUGAAACGUUCGAUACGCACCGACGAGUCCGGUGUUUCGACUUGUUUUCGAAAACAUUGUUAGACAUAUUGGGACAUGGGACUUUUAUUCCUGACACGAAAGCGAACAUUUCCUUCGUCGCUUUCGAUG